UCAUUUACUAUCCUCUCUCUCUUGCCUUCUCUCUCUAAAAUCCAUAAUGUCGGAGGGAGAUCAAAGCCGCUGCUCCUUUGGUUUCCUGCUUUAACUGUCACUGCAACACGAACUCUUCCAUGGGACUCUCUGUUCUCCCUCCCCCUCAACCACACGCCUUCCAAAUCCACCUUCACAGCCUCUUCUCCCCAGCAUUCUCCCUAAGCAGCAAACAAAUCAGGAAGGCAUCGACCGUCACUCUUUGCCGAUGCUCAUCAUCUUCCUCCAGUGAUUCUGCGAAAGCAGAGCUCACGCCGUUGCCGUUGCGCUCGGACGGAAGAAGAGCACUCCUGGCUUGUCUCCUAGUGUCAGCUGCUGGCGCGUGCAUAUCUGAUGCAGCUCAUGCUGUUAGCACGAGUAGAAGAGCACUCCGAGGAGCCAAAGUACCAGAGAGUGAUUUCAAAUCCCUCCCCAAUGGUCUGAAGUAUUAUGAUAUAAAAGUAGGAGGUGGAACUGAGGCUGUGAAGGGAUCAAGGGUUGCAGUCCACUAUGUUGCUAAAUGGAAGGGCAUUACUUUUAUGACUAGCAGACAGGGGCUCGGUGUGGGUGGAGGCACGCCAUAUGGAUUUGAUGUUGGCCAAUCAGAGAGGGGCACAGUCCUUAAGGGUUUGGACUUGGGGGUUCAAGGCAUGCGAGUGGGCGGCCAGAGAUUACUAAUAGUUCCGCCUGAGUUAGCCUAUGGAAGCAAAGGGGUUCAGGAGAUCCCGCCAAAUGCAACAAUAGAGUUGGAUGUUGAACUCCUAGCCAUCAAGCAAAGUCCCUUCGGAUCUCCUGUCAAAAUCGUCGAAGGUUAGAUCCUGUAUCUUCCCAAUUGCUUAUCAUGCGGCGUUUCUGAGCGAGAUGAAUACAAGAAGCUCGAAGCUUUUGCAAAAACUGAAUUAUAUGGAGCCCGAGUGCCGCAGACGAUAUUGUGUGUAUGACUAGAGAUGCACGAGUCUGCUAUCCUGCAAGUUGCUCAAUUUAUUUUGAUUAGCCCUACACUUAUUGCGUAAGAAAGUGUCUUUUGUAGAUGUCUGCUGAGUGCAUUAAUCAAUUAUUGUUGUUAUUUACCUGAUA